AUGGCCUUUCCGGUAUCCUCCGAUAUUCUCAUCAAUGUUCUUCGUGAAAGUUGUGCAUCGAUAGAGCAGGGAUAUUCGAAAAAGCAAGAACGAAUAUAUCAACAGCAAAGCUCCCAAUCCGGCGUAUUAAAUAAUGCAAUCGGCACGAAUAGAAGUCUUGAAUCUCUAAAGGGAGUUGAGAAGAUAUGUUUCCCUUGUAAAAUCUACAAGAAAGGCGAACUGGAGGGAUUGAUCAAUGUGAAACGAGAUUUUCCACUUGUAUCCAAUCUAAGCAGUCAGGAAAGCCCACCAAUUGACUGGAACCUGCACCAAGAGUCGAAAUUUUCAGAGCCACUUAAAGAGGAAAAUGAGUCUGAUGAAAGCAGUAUAUCCAGCAUUGGUAACAGGGAAGAAAAAACGCACUUUAAGGAGGAUGGUGAUAAUAUGAUUAGCAGGAAAUCUGGAAAUGGUGAAUUUUCUGAAACCCAAUCCCAAAAAGGGGUACCAGAAAGCGUUAUAACGCAGGUAUCGGAUGUGGAGCAAUCAACACCAAUUGAAUCAUUGAAGAAACUUUCGAUUCGAAAGGGAAACUUUCAAGCUCAAAGUCAGCCCAGUAACAACAACGUUGGUUUAAGCAAGGGCAAGAAAAAUGGUAUAUUGGGGAGGAUCAUGAGCAGAGGAGCGGCCACAAAUGAGCAUAUAACAACUUCCGGUGCAAUUAUUGAUGACAGUACAAGCAGCGACUCGUUUAUUUCGAAGUCUUCCAUGAUCAGUGGAAGUGAAAGUGCAUUGGAUGAUAUUCAAGGCACUGAAGAUCGUUCCAAUCAUGAUGAGGAUGUUCUAAAUAUGAAUGACGAGGCAAUAAAAAGUGCAACUGACUCGGACGAAUCUGUUGGCUCGAUCGAAUCAAGUGAAAUUGCAGACGAUGACGAUCAAGAUUAUCUUCUUGAACCAUCGUACCUAGCAUCUUCUUAUGCUGAAGGUGGUAAUGAUGAGGUUUCCGGCAGCUCUUCGGACAACUACUAUCUAGAUUCAGACUAUGAUGAUUCAGACCUUAUUUAUGACAGCAGUGUCGAAACUUCGUCUCUGCAUCCUCAUUCCAGUGUUUAUCAGGGAGAUCAUCCAGUCUCGAGGAUCAAUUUCACAAGAUCAAGGCCUGGAACCUACACACCAUUCAAAAUUUCCCGUCGUGGUGCAUCUAUUAGAAGCAGAAAUAAUGCUUUAAGUGCUUCCCAAAGAUCAAGAUUUUCAUCCAACGUCCGACCAGCCAACCUUUCAGUUAUCCCAGCAAGGUUAUCUUUGGCACCAGCAUCACUUCAAAGUCAUAGAAUUGCUGGAACGAGGAAUUCCAAGUCGCUGACAAAUAUGCUCUCGUUAUAUGCAGAUGGAGAAGAUAAGAAGCCAUCACAUCAGGAUUUAGACUUCACGAAACGUCCUGUGAAAAGAUGUUAUAGGUUGAAGUCCCGAUCAACUGACAAGAAAGAUGAUUUCCGACCUGUUGAUAACUUCAACAUGCAGGAAAGUAACACCGAAGAUGUGCAUACGCCAACGAAAAAAGUGAGUUUAGGUCUCGAAAGCGAAGAUGAACUCUCCUUUUCACCUAAAGUGACUGCGAAUAGAAGUAUGUCAAGUGCAUGCAGUCUUCCAUCACCGAAAAAUGGAGAUGAGCAGAGUUCUUUCAAAGGGCAGGACAUCAAAUCAGAUGAAAGUCUUUUGGCAGGUGAUGAACUUUCCGAUGUUGAAAGUCUCUCCACACAAAACACAGGUUCUGAAUCCAUUAGCCUUCUAAGUUCGCCUGAAAAGAUGGAUGUCAAAAGUAAAGAAAUGACUGUAGACACUAUGGAAGAGCCGAAAUCCAACUUGACAGCCCUAAUUAGAAGAAAAACGCUCUCCUUGGAUUACUAUGAGUACGUGGGUGGAAAGAAAUUGCCCGACGAUAAAAUAUCAACGGUAUCUGUUAUCAUUAAGGAGCUGGGUUUCAUCAAAGAUUCACCCCUCAAGGUCAAAAUCGAUACCUCUGCAACAGUUGUAGAAAUGAUCGGGUAUGUGUUGCUUCAAGUUUGGAAAAUGCACAAACCAGAAAUCCAAAAAUGUCACCAGCAGCCAAAUUAUUGGGCCAUGUACUUGGCAGAUGAUGACGGAGAAGCAGAAGAUGAUUUCGGAGUUCUUAGCCGGACUAGGAAAGUGAAAUCGUAUGGAACAGAUGAAUUCUUUAUGACCCAGGUUGGUGAAAAGGAAAUGAAGAGAAAUGAGGUCUUAACACCAUCACCUUUAGAAAUGGCCGAGAAGAAAAGCAAAAAGCAGCUUUCUUCCUUAGGUUCAUCGAAUAUAGUCAUGGAACAUGCCAGAAAUACUUCUGUGAUUACGAUCCCGUCGAAUCUAACUCCUGCAUCGCAUGCAAUGCCACAUUUAUUAUCUCCGCAUACUGUACAACAUGAUGAAAGUUCUCUUAUCACAAAUGAAAGCUCAGUGUUGGAUGCUCGUUCAGACCAAAAAAAAACAGAUGCAGCUUGGAAACAUGAACAGCAAAACACUUCACAGCAUCAGUCGCUAUUCAAGUCAAAUAUAUUUGCUUCAAAUAAGAAGGGAGAUGUUCGUCUCUCGAUGUAUCAUAGAUGGACAGUCUGGAAAAGACAGCAAAUGUCUUUUAAAGCACGGCAUCCAAAAUCCCUAGUUGUUGAUGGGUAUCAAAUAUAUAUAUUGCCGUUUAAUGAGUCAAAUGGGUCAUGGUAUGAGGCAAAAACUGUGAGCUUCAACAUCGAACAGAUUAUGAGGAUAAAGCAGUCGUCGAAGAUACCAAGAUAUUUCAAGAUAUUCGUCAAUAAGAGUCAGAAUGGUGUCUAUAAGAAGUACUAUCUGGAGGCUAAAAGUACAACUGAAUGUAGGGAGAUUACAAGCACUAUUAAGAAUCUUAUCGAUACUUACAGGAGGGAAUUUUACCACUGA